UUCAUUAUAGUGCCUACGUUCGUAGGUAGUAGAUGGUUGGUUAACAAACGGUCAAUUUUCCUACGUAAAAAAACGACAUAUGCACUCAAUUUCGUAUAAUUUGGUUUCGGGCUCGAUCUUCAAAUAGUUUUUACUCAAUUAUAGUGUGGAUUACACCUAUUAUCAUCAUUCAGUGCGCUAAAUUGCUUUCGUUGUCUCAAAUUAACGUCAUUAACUUUUUAAACUGUUCUCAUAACAACGUUUAUCGUUUUCUCACCUUUUUUUCCGGCUUAGUGCUAGUGAAUUUGACUUAGUGGUUUUAGUGAAACUUUUUCAAGACGUCUCCUAACUUCAGCAAAGUGGAUAACAAACCCUUCACGACGUUGAAUUUCACGGAUUUGGGUUCCCCUUUCGGGGGACCCAACGAAGAUCCUCCGGGCACCCCUACGAUGUCCGGGGAAGGUCACAUCGGACCGCCGACACCUCAUGAAUCCAAUAAUUCGACGCCCGUUUCGAAAAGUGCUUUUAUCGAAUUACAACAACACGGAUACGGACCAUUGAGGACCACUUAUCAACACCACUUUAAUUCGCCGGCGGGAAAUGCACAUUCGGGACCGACGGGUGGUCACGAUACUGGUUUUCCAAGUCCCAGGGGUGCUUUGGGCGCUUAUCCUUUUCCACCGAUGCAACAGCAUUCGUAUACGGGUUAUCAUUUGGGUUCUUAUGCUUCUAAUUGUCCUCCUUCUCCCAAAGAUGACGACAAAUGUUUAUCGUUAGACAGGCCGUCGGGUGGUGGCAAAGGUAAAAAAAUGCGAAAACCCCGUACGAUAUAUUCCAGUCUUCAAUUACAACAACUAAAUAGGAGGUUCCAAAGGACACAGUACCUGGCCUUACCAGAAAGGGCAGAGCUGGCGGCCAGUUUGGGACUAACACAAACUCAGGUGAAGAUAUGGUUUCAAAAUAGGAGAAGUAAAUACAAGAAAAUGAUGAAAGCAGCACAAGUUACAGGUGGCACAAACAACAAUGGUACUCCCGGAGGUCAUUCGGGUUUAUUAGGUCCUAAUUCAAAUAUGCCUUCUAGUAGUCCAGGACCACAGGGUCAGAACAUGAUGCAAGGUAGGAUCAAAAUGGAAGGAGGCGGCUCGUCGAGCGGUAGUCCGGCAACUGGCGGUUAUAUGCAGCACCCUUCUCCCGCUCCUAGUUCCACCCCCGGUUCAGACAUGUCGGCUGGCGGCCCACAACCAGCCGCCAGUCCUGGUGUCGGAGGGGGCGGCGGAGGCGGUUGGGGCGACAUUAAGCCCCACCAACAGCCCAUUCAUCCCCCGCCCCAUUCUACGAGUCAUCCGCACCCUCAUCCCCCGCCUCACAAUUACCUCCCGCAGUAUUCUUGGUAUCCUACGGACAAUCCUGGUCUCCUAACAGUUUGGCCAGCAGUUUAAUAGAAGAAUAAGUGAUUAGUAACUAAUUAGAAUUUUUUUCAAAUAAACUUUUGACAACAAAGGACAAAAAGUGACCAGUGGAUAUGUAAGAUAUUUUGUUGAUGUAGGUUAAGUUACAUUGUUUUAAAAAUUUUACGUUCCCCUGUAUAAAUUGGUUUUUGGAUCUCAAGGUGGCUGCAAAAAUUUUCAAUUUCGAUAAAAAUGAAGAUUUUCGCAAAAACGAAGGUGCAAUAUGGGUAAGAGUUCGGUAAAUAAUCAGGUACACUGAAAAAAAACAUUACAUCUGUCCAAACUAUGAAAUUGAGCUGAAUAUAUUUCCAUAUUUCGAAUAAUUAGGUAUAGUAAUAAUUACAGUAAUGUUAUAAUUAAAUAGCUAAUUCUUCAGGGUAGUAAAUUGAUUCUUUUUCAUCGUACUACCUUAGCAGAAUUCAACUUCUUAACUACCAUGAAUUCUUAAAAAUCCAACUUUUUGUAUUUUCUUUUAUCAAGGCAAUUGAAAAUUUAUUUCAUAUCACUGAACUUUAGUAAAAAGUUUUCUCCUAGGACUCAUUUUGUGUAGUACAAUAAAGUUUUUCCCAACACAUUAUCACCGAAGAAUUUUCUUUCUCGAACACAUAAUUUUAUACUUUUAAACCACCUAACAUGCAGGUUAGUUCUUUGUUGAAUCUUUGAAUAAUCAUUUAUACGUAUCAUAUUAUAUACAUACAUUCAGAAAUACCAAUAUAAAGAUUUCAAAUUCGGAUUAUUUCGAUUUGAUAUUUCAGCAGAACAGUUUCCAUUAGUUUUGUUAUAUCGUUUAGUUCCAAUUUUCCUGUAUAAAUGCUACAAUUGUAUACAACCGGUAUAUUAAAGAACAUCUUGUCUCAACAACUUUCAGUGUACCUGAAUAAUUAAUAAUACCUUUUACACGUAAAUUUUGUUUAAUGAUGCUACGUUAUUGAUUUUUUAGCGUUUGUUCAAAAUGAAAAAUUUGUAAUAUAAACUUACGGUACUAACUGGUUUUGUUGAAUUUGUUAUUAGUAUUGAAUAAUGUUAGUUUUGUUAACAAUAUAAGACAUAAUUUACCUUUUUUUAAACGAUAUUUUUCAAUCCUAUUGUUUUAUAUGAAUAUGAAUUUUCCAUCGAACGGAAUAAUCCAUUAAUAAAUAUAUCCUUACUAGAAUAUUUGCAAGACAAUGGGGCAUAUGCGUUUUCUUAGAAAUUAUUGUAGUUGGCCCAACUUAGAAUUUUAUCCGAGGUUUAAUACUAGAUACUUUUUUUUAAUUUCAUAUUGCAAUUCAUUCUUCUAGUAUAUUUAUUGAACUUUCCAGCACCUCCAUCAAAUGCAGAUAUAUUUCUUUUAGAAUUCUAAACACAUGGUUCUGGUCGAUUUUUAUACCAAAUACUGUAAUUAUUCCCUGUAAUUAUAGCGAUAGUGAUAGGAUAAGCUCUAAUGUCCUUAGUUGUAUUUACGAAUCCUAGUCCUCUCGCAUGUUUAUUUUUACUGAUGUCUCUAAAAGCUCCCUCGUAGAGGGAGGUGCCUUUUAUGCUCUAUAUACCAAUGUGUCUAAAAAAUUCAAACUAUGUAGAGAUGUAUCCAAAUAUAAACAGGAAGCGAUAGCUGUUAUUAAGGCUCUUAGCUUUACAAUAGAAUUAAAUUUCAAACAGUCAAUUAUUGCUACCGAUUCUUUGUCCGUUUCAGAAGAAAUUAAAUAUGUAUAUGAGCAUACCCGAUUUCCACUUAAACCUAUACAUAUUACAAAUAAAUUAAGUAAUACUCGGUUUAUUAAAAAGCGGUGUACAUUUUUAUGGACAAAGGGCCAUUUUGUCUAUUUUUCAACGCAGAAGUAAAUUGGCGAAAUCUGCGGUUACUACAGGUCAAUAUAUCAACCAAAUCGAAACAAACCCAACUCUAGAUUCAGGGCUGGGAAUGUCAUCAUCUUCAAUACUCGAAAAUACAGAUGUCUGAUCCUAAGAAUCCGUGGUUUUAUAACCAAUCUACUCCUAGAAUAUACUUAACAAGCCUAAUUAGAAUGAGAUUUAGGUAUGCCUGCUACACCUACUCAAGAUAAAAAUCCACAGCAACGAAUCAUGCGAUUACUUUGAUGAUAAAUGUCCUUUUUGAGUGUGAUAAGGCAGGUUGCGAUAUGAUAUUCUAAAGAUGAGAAGCUGCAAGAGAAUAAAGAAUGUUAUUUGUUUUGUUGUACAACGAAAGUACCUCGAUGGAUAUCUAGGCGAAAAAAGUGUGCUUGAUAUAAUUUUUUGCAAGGCUAGAUUGAAUUGCUUGUAAUGAUGUGAUCAUAUUUCGAUCUAUUGUGGUUAUAAUUCACUAAGAGCAUUCCAGAUAUUCAUAAUCUAAAGAAAUCAUUCCUUUUUUAUGUAUUACCCAGUUUUUCUUUUCUCAACUUUCCUUUACGAUAAUCCUCUUCGAAAUUUAAUAAAUCUACGUCUUCGAUCUCUUUUAUGGGUGUUAAUUCAUCAAGUUUUUGUCCAUUAGCUGCAAUUUAAAAAAUUGAUUUAUUAUAAUGCCAAAUAAUCAGUUUACAGAAUUCGAUACCAGAACAGGAAGAAUGUAUCAAUGAAUAUCAGAAAUUUACUCUUAAAAAUAUCAAUCCAGAAUUGUUAUAAUCCAUCAACUAAAAACAGAUAUAUAAUUAUAUUAAGAAAUCAGUAUUUUCUACAGAUCAUUGAGCAAUGUCGUUGUCAAUUCAACAAUAAUUGUUCAUUGUAAUUGGCAUCCAGAGAAGAAAAAAGCUGAAUUUACAGACUCUGUUGAUUUAUGGACCAUUCUCACAAUUAAAUUGGACGAAGUGAGAAGCUCGCUUUAAAAAUUAUAAUUUACAGUCAGAAGACCAUUUAAUGGGUUCACCUGGUACAAAUUAUCUUGUAUUGGUGGCUGAGCCCAACAAACUCUGCUGAUCUACACAUUUAACUAUUCUUGAGUUUUUUCGUAUUUACAAAGAUUUUUGAGCCUUUGCUUAAUACUUUUGUAAUAAUUGAGUUCUUGUCUUCUAAACUGUCUUAUUUAUCGAUAAGUGUAUGCUGAUAUUUCCAUAUAAUGUGGGUGCAGUUAUUAUAACAAAAAUACAAAUACAUUAUCAAAAGAAAGUUUGAAAAUAUUGAAAAGCAGACAAAAGCAAUCAUUUCAAUUGAGAAAGAAAAAAUGAAAAAAUAAAUAAAAUUUAUUGUUCAUUGUUCUGCUAUAAUUUUUUCACAUUCUUUCAUAUAUUUUUAGUUUCAUUUUAAUUGUUUUUGUAAUAAUUAACGAUUAAAAAUAGCAUGCAAUUGUUAUUCAUUUACAAAGGAAAACAACUUGCGGUUAAAUUAAAUUUUAUCAUCUUCAUUUUUGAAAACCUGAGUUUAUCACAAAAACCAAUGCAUAAUUAUUUAUCAAGAACUAUUUAGAACAAAAUGUGUACAAAACAAUUACGACAAGCAGUAUUAUCACGAACAUAACUUAGAAAUCGAAAACCUUAUUUGAUUUGUCCUGGUUAAUUGAUUUUCAUAGAUACGAAAACUGACUUUGAAAUGAUCAUAACCUCAAAAUAGAAACAACAUCAGCUCAUAUUUCGCAACAAAACAUACCAUCUUCAUCAAAUGAAUAGCAUUUGGAAUUACAGUAUUAACUAUUAUUGUUGUAACAAUUACACGCAGCAGAGAAUUGGAUAAUUUGGAAGAUAGAUGAGAUAAAAAGAAUACCGUCGAGAACUAAGGGAAAUAACAUACAAAAUAAAGAUAUCAGAGAAAUAACAGAACAGAAGGAAACUAUAGUGGAAAUAAAAUAAUGAAUUCUGGAAAAUAAAAAAACAGUGCGAGUGGGAGACUAAGAUAUGCAUAGACUAAAUAAGUAAGAUGAUACAUAACAGUGCAAUCAAUGGUAUCAGUGGCAACUCUAAUCCAAUUGAAAAAAUUUACAUGUGAAGCUGAAAACAUAAAAAAAUCAGAAUUCAUUGAAUCCUUUCCAAGUUAAAUUCGGAAAUUAUGUUUCGAGUUAGAUAGAUGUUUAUGUGGCACAUGAAUGACUAUUGAUGACAGCAAUUGUGGCCGUUCCAGCAUCUUCUAUUUGUAAAUUUCUUAAAGUGAAGUAGAUAACAAGGAAGAUACAGAGAAUAAGUAAGAUUAGGUUACCCAAAUAUCAAGUGUAAAUGAUAUAGUAGAUGUAAACUUUGUUCAAACAAGGCUCUACGAAUAUUAAUUGAAAAUAUGAAAUUGAAAUUCAAAUAAUUAUCUUUGGAGGAUAAAAUGCUAUAUGCGUCAGCAAAAAUAUGAAUUAUGGGACUUAAAUUUUUAAUAAAACUGGUUUGGUUAUAUAAAUAUAUAUAUAUAUCAAGAAUGAUGAUUGCGAAUUUUGUGGGUAGGUACUAGAGACAAAACAGAAUUUUAAUAAUCGAUAGUUAACUUUAAAAGGUUGCUUGUUAGUGGAUAAUUUCCCUUUGAAGGUUUUUCUUUUGAAACAAUCUUGAUGAAUGGAUUUGGUAGAAUUGAGUCUCUUUCCUUUUCUUCAGAAAUGAUCUUAAUUUUUGGGCCAAGAAAUUCUUAAGAAGUUUUCGCUAAUGUCAUAUGAAGAUCUAGCUCGGUCGAUAAUAAGUGAAAAACCUAUUAGUUUAUUGAUAAGAUUAUUGAAUAUUUUGAAAAAUAUUGCUUAAAAGUUUAGUUGUGAUAAAAGUGUCUAUUUUAUUGUUAACAAAAUAUAUUUGAAUCAAUGGCUUAUUAUAACUUACAGCAAAAUAUUCAGACAUAUUCUCUAAAUGUUUUGAUGUAUCUAUUUUCAUAAGAUUCUUAUAUAUACGAGGUAACUUAUCGGUUUUAUAACAAAAAUAACUUAUUGCUUUUUAUUUGUGGAUAUUUUAAACUGUUUACCUCAUAUAUGUAUAUUCAUGCGUAAUAAUUUUGUGUCAUACUUACACAUCAAUUCUAAAAAUAAAGGGUGAAAUAUAUUUAAAUAGUCUCAUAAUUAUCACAAGUUGAUCUAACAUAUAGGUGCAGUACAUGUAGAACAUUUUUUUCUUAGUAAUGACGAAUAAACGUCAUCAUUUCCAGUUAAAUCACUUGGAACGUAUACGUAUACAGUGUGUCGCAUUUAGAAUGAAGUCACCUUCAUAUUUUCAUUGUUUGGAAUAAAUUUUACCCAGUAUAUAGUAUGAUGGGCAUCAAUUUGAAGAUAACCAGAUAGUUGACAAAUAUAGCCAGUUUUUUAUAUUUUGUGCCUCAUCAGAGAGGCACAAAGGAUAAGAGCAGGAUACCUCUAAAAAGUCGCUGAGGAGAUAAAAAACCGAUCAAUCUAGUCUCUAUGAGCAGUCUAAAUUUAUAUAUUUGAUAGUGCUGAAUCCAAGUACAAUUAAUUAUUUUUUAAAUUGAGGAAAUAUGAUGAAAACUAACUAUCAGACUAGUACGAAGUUGGGAGAGUAUUUGACUAAAAAUUGAAAAAAAACUUUUUACAUGAAAUGAAAUAAUUAUAUCUAUAGUCCAAUCAGAAAGGACUCGGGAAAAAAUUAGGUAAAGCUGAAUUUUACCCAUUUGAAAGAAUAUUAAUUUUUACAAAAUAUCCCUAAAAUCCCCUGGGGGCUUUCUCUCCCAGCUCCCAUCAAAUUUUCAAAAUGCCAACAUUUACGGAAACUCUAAUAACUUCCUGAAAAAUAGUCCAAUAAGAUCGUGGUUUUUUUGUUUUGUGUAUCAUUAAAUUUAGAUUUGAAUUAUUUGAUUAAUUUGGAAACAUAUGCCUCAAUUUUAAUUGCUUUUUAUAAAAAUUUAUAUUUUUAAUGAAUAUAACCCAAAAUGACCGCUAAAAUAUUAGUUUUCUAGUCACAUUAAAAAUGAAAUUCAAAUAAGAAAAUUAAAAAUUUGGUUUUUAACAUACGUAUAUCAAUCUUUCAAUCCUUGAGAUUGGAAAAUUAUUUACAAUUUCUACUUUAUGGUGGUUUAGUUAUCAUUUACUCUAGGUGGUUAACUUCCUUUCAGAAGAAUUCGCACAUCUAACUGUACUCCAAAUUUUAUUUAUGAAAGUGUUAAAAAUGUCACUGCAUGUUCUUGUUAACAGAUACAGAAGAUAAUAAAUGAGCUAAAUACUCUGUAUAACAGUGUGAAUAUUUGAAUUUAAAUUCUUUCAUUUAACGAAAAUAUGAAAGAGCCUGAAUCUCAUAUACAAAUAUCUGAUAAAUGACAUUCGGAUUUUAUCUCAAAUGAUUCUUAAAAAUGUUGGUGUAAGAAUAGCACAAGAUCCAAAUGUAAAAUUUAUGCGUUAUAUUUUGUUAAAUAUUGUAAAAAAAAUGUCCUCGUUGUUAAAACUUGGAUUUAUGUAAAAAGAGCUUUGAUUUUGCUACAUUGGCAAAAGUGUAAAGUUUUAGUGAUUCUCUGUAUAUUAUAUAUAAAAAAGUACUAGAUGAUUGUACGGUGUGUGUUGAGAUAGGAAGAUGUACCUUAUUUGUAAAGUAGUAGUUCUAAUCGAAAAAUUAGAAGGAAAAUUAUAAAUAUUACAUGAAAAGAUAUUUCUAAAUGUGUAAAAUAAAUAUACAU